AUGGCACCAUCCAACAUGCUCAAAUUCUUCGGAGGCGUCUCAGGACCGCAGGACCAAGUCACGCCCAAGGCGUCGUCGCAGUCGCAGACGAACCCGUUCGAUUUACUGCCCAGCUCGGUGGUCGCGCCUACUCCGCUGGCGGCGCAGCGCUCAACGUCGUUUGCCUCACUCGCGGCGUUGCUGCCAAGUGGGGCCAGGACACCCACCCACAAACGUGACUCGACCUCGACCGCAGCCGGAGUCCAGGCUUCUUCGGGAGUGAUGGCCUCGCCAGGGGGCGGAGGGGCGCAACAGCAGCAGUCGUUCUUUGGCCGAGACUCCGGACCGGGAGACGUGACCCCCGGCGGCCCAGCGACCUUGGGCGCCGCGCCUUUCACUCUUGGAGGCGUACCCACCACAGGUGAGAGCAGCUGCUUCCCAUUCACAUCUUGCGGUUCCAUCCCUCCGCUCCCCGACCAAGCCCCGACCGAAACACGAGGAAACCGACGGGCAAUUUUGCAUAUUCCCAUUGAGAGAACAAGGACGAUACGGGACUAA